ACACCUACUCAAGGACUGAAUCUGGUCAAAAUCUCCUUUGGGAAAAAGCCACUUAUCAGCGGGAGAGUGAGGAAAGAAGGAUUGUCCAAAUGUGGAAGAUGCAAGCAGGCAUUUUACUGCAAUGUGGAGUGUCAGAAAGAAGAUUGGCCCAUGCACAAGCUGGAAUGUUCUCCCAUGGUUGUUUUUGGAGAAAACUGGAACCCCUCGGAGACCGUAAGGCUCACUGCAAGGAUUCUGGCCAAACAGAAAAACCACCCAGAAACAACACCUUCAGAGAAAUUGUUAGCUGUGAAGGAUUUUGAAUCACAUCUGGAUAAAUUAGACAACGAAAAGAAGGAUCUGAUUCAGAGUGACAUUUCUGCUCUCCAUCACUUUUACUCCAAGCACCUCGAAUUCCCCGACAAUAAGAGCCUGGUAGUUCUCUUCGCGCAGGUUAACUGUAAUGGCUUCACAAUCGAAGACGAAGAACUUUCUCACUUGGGAUCAGCAAUCUUUCCUGACGUUGCCUUGAUGAAUCAUAGUUGUUGCCCCAAUGUCAUUGUGACCUACAAGGGGACCCUGGCAGAAGUAAGAGCGGUACAGGAAAUCAACCCGGGAGAGGAGGUUUUUACCAGCUACAUCGACCUGCUGUACCCAACGGAAGAUCGAAAUGACCGGUUAAGAGAUUCCUAUUUCUUUACCUGUGAGUGCCAGGAGUGCACCACCAAGCACAAGGAUAAGGCCAAGGUGAAAAUCCGGAAGCUCAGCGAUCCCCCAAAGGCAGAAGCUAUCUGCGACAUGGUCAGAUACGCACGCAACGUCAUCGAGGAGUUCCGGCGGGCCAAGCACUACAAAUCCCCUAGCGAGCUGCUGGAGAUUUGCGAGCUCAGCCAGGAGAAGAUGAGCUCCGUGUUUGAGGACAGCAACGUGUACAUGUUGCACAUGAUGUACCAGGCCAUGGGCGUCUGCUUGUACAUGCAGGACUGGGAGGGAGCCCUGCGAUACGGACAGAAAAUCAUUAAGCCCUACAGCAAGCAUUAUCCUUUGUACUCCCUCAACGUGGCCUCCAUGUGGUUGAAGCUAGGACGACUGUACAUGGGCCUGGAAAACAAAGCUGCGGGGGAGAAAGCCCUGCGGAAGGCCGUCGAAAUCAUGGAAGUAGCUCACGGCAAAGAUCAUCCGUACAUUUCUGAGAUCAAGCAGGAAAUUGAAAGCCACUGAAACAAUGCCAACAUGGUAGUUUUUAUUUAAAUGCUAGUGCAGAAACCUUCAAAGAUUUGAGUACUUCAAAUCAUGUGCAUCACUCCAGCAUUUCUGUAAAACCUUUGCGAUGAAAACACUGUUUGCACUUAAACCUUACUCAUGGCUUACUUGGAGUUGGUCUUAAUCUUUAACCUUCAUAUCAAAUUCAUUUUUGAAUGCUUUUUUUUCCCCCUAAGAGAUAAUGGCCUGGUUUCAUGUAUUAUACUUUGGACAGGUUGAGUUUUAAAAAAUGCCAUUAUUUUUCCCUUCAUGCCUAUUAUAGUGUUCUGAACAAACAUGAAUGAUGAAAGAGAAUAAAAAAAGGUAAUAGUAUUUGAA